GCCGUUAACGUAUUGGAGCCAGAGACAAGCAGCAGUGCCGUGGGCGGCGGCCACCCCGGCCGGGCGGCGAGUAGCGAUAGCGGGAGGCGGCGAAGGACCGGAGCGAACCAGCGCUCUGCGGCACCCGACCGGGAGUAUCUGCAGCGACCAAGCUACUGUGAUGCGGCUUUCGCCUUGGAGCAGAUCUCAAAGGGGAAAGCUACUGGAAGAAAAGCACCACUGUGGCUGAGAGCAAAGUUUCAGAGACUGUUAUUUAAACUGGGCUGUUACAUUCAAAAAAACUGUGGAAAAUUUUUGGUUGUUGGCCUUCUCAUAUUUGGGGCUUUCGCUGUAGGAUUAAGGGCAGCAAAUCUUGAAACCAAUGUGGAGGAGCUGUGGGUGGAAGUUGGUGGACGAGUGAGUCGAGAAUUAAAUUAUACACGGCAGAAGAUUGGUGAAGAGGCCAUGUUUAACCCUCAGCUCAUGAUUCAGACUCCACAUGAAGAUGGUGCCAAUAUACUAACAAUAGAAGCACUCAGACAGCACCUUGACUCUGCACUUCAGGCCAGCAGAGUAGAUGUUUAUAUGUACAACAGAAAAUGGAAAUUGGAACACUUAUGUUAUAAAUCAGGAGAACUCAUCACAGAAGCAGGGUACAUGGACCAGAUCAUAGAAUAUCUUUAUCCUUGUUUAAUCAUCACUCCUUUGGACUGCUUCUGGGAGGGAGCAAAGCUACAGUCAGGAACUGCCUAUCUAUUAGGGAAACCUCCUUUUCAGUGGAUCAACUUUGACCCCUUAGAAUUCUUAGAAAAGUUAAAAAAAAUAAAUUACCAAGUGGAAAGCUGGGAAGAAAUGCUGAAAAAAGCAGAGGUUGGUCAUGGUUAUAUGGAUCGACCUUGUCUGAAUCCUGCUGAUCCCGAUUGUCCAAUCACAGCUCCCAACAAAAAUUCCACCAAACCUCUUGAUGUGGCUCUUGUUUUGAGUGGUGGAUGCUAUGGACUGUCGAGAAAAUACAUGCAUUGGCAGGAGGAAUUGAUUAUAGGUGGUACAGUCAAGAAUAGUUCUGGUAAGCUUGUCAGUGCCCAGGCUUUGCAAACCAUGUUUCAGUUAAUGACUCCUAAGCAAAUGUAUGAACACUUCAAGGGGUAUGAAUAUGUUUCACAUAUCAACUGGAGUGAGGAUAAGGCAGCAGCAAUUCUGGAAGCCUGGCAACGGAUGUAUGUUGAGGUUGUUCAUCAAAGCGUUGCACAAAACUCUACUCAGAAGGUGCUUUCCUUUACUACAACUACCCUGGAUGACAUUCUAAAGUCAUUUUCUGAUGUCAGUGUUAUCAGAGUAGCUAGUGGCUACUUACUAAUGCUUGCCUAUGCCUGUUUAACAAUGCUGCGGUGGGACUGUGCAAAGUCUCAAGGUGCUGUGGGGCUGGCAGGAAUCUUCUUGGUUGCUCUCUCAGUGGCUGCAGGACUGGGUCUGUGCUCAUUGAUUGGAAUUUCCUUUAAUGCUGCCACAACUCAGGUUUUGCCUUUUCUUGCUCUUGGAGUUGGUGUAGAUGAUAUAUUCCUUCUGGUACAUGCAUUUAGUGAAACAGGGCAGAAUAAGAGAAUUCCAUUUGAGGACAGAACAGGUGAAUGUUUGAAGCGAACAGGAGCAGGUGUAGCCCUUACAUCUAUCAGCAAUGUUACUGCUUUUUUUAUGGCUGCCUUAAUCCCUAUUCCUGCUUUACGAGCAUUUUCACUCCAAGCAGCAGUUGUGGUGGUAUUCAACUUUGUUAUGGUUUUACUGAUUUUUCCUGCUAUCCUGAGUAUGGACCUUUAUCGUCGGGAAGACAGGAGACUGGAUAUAUUCUGCUGUUUUACAAGUCCGUGUGCCACUAGAGUGAUUCAGAUUGAGCCUCAAGCAUAUGUGGAAAACAGGGAUAAUACUUGCUACAGUAGACCCCCAUACAGCAGUCAAAGUUUUGUACACGAAACUCAGAUUACAAUGCAGUCUACAGUGCAGUUACACACAGAAUACGAUCCUCAUGCACAGGUGUACUACACCACAGCAGAGCCUUGCUCAGCAAUAUCUGUGCAGCCCGUGACAGUGACACAAGAUAAUAUCAGCUGCCAGAGCCCAGAAAGCACAAACUCAACAAGAGAUUUGCUUUCCCAAUUCUCAGACUCCAGUAUGCAUUGCCUCGAGCCACCCUGUACUAAAUGGACACUCUCAUCUUUUUCAGAAAAGCAUUAUGCUCCAUUCCUGCUAAAACCAAAAGCUAAGAUUGUGGUUAUUUUUCUUUUUCUGGGUUUACUUGGGCUCAGCCUUUAUGGAACUACCCAGGCUAGAGAUGGACUGAAUCUCACAGAUAUUGUACCACAAGAAACCCAGGAUUAUGAUUUUAUUGCAGCACAGUUCAAGUAUUUCUCAUUUUACAAUAUUUAUAUAGUAACACAGAAAGCAGACUAUCCCAGUCCCCACGUCCAGCACUUACUUUAUGAACUUCACAAAAGUUUCAGUAAUGUGACAUACAUUUUGUUGGAAGAGGAUAAGCAACUUCCCAAAAUGUGGUUGCACUACUUUCGAGACUGGUUGCAAGGACUUCAGCGUGCAUUUGACAGUGACUGGGAAGCUGGGAAAAUCACUUAUAACAAUUAUAAAAAUGGAUCUGACGAUGCUGUUCUGGCUUACAAACUCUUGGUGCAAACAGGCAACCGAGCAAAGCCCAUUGACAUCAGUCAGUUGACUAAACAACGCUUGGUGGAUGCAGAUGGAAUCAUUAAUCCAAAUGCUUUUUACAUCUAUCUGACAGCCUGGGUUAACAAUGACCCUGUGGCCUAUGCUGCCUCACAAGCCAACAUCCGGCCUCCCCACCCAGAAUGGGUGCAUGACAAAGCAGACUAUAUGCCAGAAACAAGGUUGAGAAUUCCAGCAGCUGAGCCCAUAGAAUAUGCUCAGUUUCCUUUCUACCUCAAUGGAUUGCAUGAAACUUCUGACUUUGUGGAAGCUAUCAAGAAAGUGAGAGCUAUCUGUAAUAACUAUGCUGGCCUGGGGAUUGCCAGCUACCCAAAUGGCUAUCCAUUUCUAUUUUGGGAGCAGUAUAUUGGACUCCGUCACUGGCUCCUCUUAUCCAUUACUGUGGUUUUGGCUUGCACAUUUCUGGUGUGUGCCCUCUUCCUCCUGAACCCUUGGACAUCUGGCAUCAUUGUGGUGGUGUUGGCUUUGAUGACUGUGGAGCUGUUUGGCAUGAUGGGUCUAAUUGGAAUAAAGCUGAGUGCAGUGUCUGUGGUUAUCCUGGUUGCUUCUGUUGGCAUUGGUGUGGAAUUCACUGUUCAUAUUGCUUUGGCAUUUUUAACUGCCGUAGGAGACAAGAACCGUAGGGUUGUCCUUGCGUUGGAACAUAUGUUUGCACCAGUGUUGGACGGAGCUGUGUCCACUCUGUUUGGAGUGUUAAUGCUUGCAGGAUCGGAGUUUGAUUUUAUUGUCAGGUAUUUUUUUGCUGUUUUGACAAUCUUAACCAUUUUGGGAGUUCUCAAUGGAUUGGUGCUGCUUCCUGUUCUUCUUUCACUCUUUGGACCGUACCCUGAGGUUUCUCCAGCCAGUAGACGAAAUAAAUUACCUACUUCAUCUUCUGAGCCACUCCCCAGCAUCGUGAGGUUUGCACUGCCACUCGGGCACAUAAAUAAUGGGUCAGAUUCCUCUGAUUCUGAAUCCAGCUCUCAAAAUGCCAGUAUCAGUGAAGAGCAUCAGUAUGAGGCUAUUCAAGGCUCUGGGGCACCAGUCCAUCAAGUAAUAGUGGAAGCCACUGAGAAUCCUGUCUUUGCAAGAUCCACUGUGGUUCAGUCAGAGACAAGGUAUCAGUCAAGUCCCAGAAUUCAAUUAAAUCCAGUGUCUGGCAUUCAACAUUCACAACAUCAGGGCAGACAACCAAAAUGGGAAACAAGGGAAGGGAUGCAAUCACCUCCUCACUGCCAUUGCAGGGACACUUUUGAAAUUUCUGCUGAACAACUUUCAGGACCUAGCAAUAGGGGUUGCUCGAGCCACAAGACUUGUUCUUAUAACAUGAGAAACCCAGUGUUUGUUGCCAUGAGUGGCUCAGAACCAACCUACUGCCAGUCUAUCACUACUGUGACCGCUUCAGCUUCAGUGACUGUUGCUGUCCACUCUGUCACACACAACCACAACUCCUGGGGAGGGAGUUUUCCAUCCUACGAGGGAUACUAUGAAGCUGGUCACAGGCCAUUUGAGGACCCCCAUGUGCCUUUUGAUAUGUGGUAUGAAAGAAGAAAUUCUAAAGUACAAGCUAUAGAACUGCAAGAUGUUGAAUGUGAAGAAAGGAUACCUGACAACAACUCAGAAUAA